AUGGCUUGUGAUUCUGAUUGGGUCAUUGAAUUGAUCACCACCCCUGGCGACAAGGUGUACAGAUCUCCUGCUACCAAUACCUCGCCAUCACCAGCUCUAGUGUGGCUGAUGUUUCACAGUCUGAAGGUCCCAUGGAGGCUUCAGAGAAGGAAUUAUUUUGGCUCUUCUUGGUGCAACCUGCAGUGUUGCUUAGGUGCCGGGUGGAUAAAAGCUUUUGCCUUCAAGGAAUGUACCUUCUUAAAUGAGGGACAGAAAAGAAACAAGGGAAAGAUCAAACAGGUGGCAUGUCUGGUGGCAGUCGAGGACAGGAAGAGAGGUGGCAGCCAUGUCCUACUCGGCAUCGUGGCCACCCUCAGACCCCUCUUGGGGCCCAAGAUGAUCCAAAAAAAAAGGACCAAGAAGUUCAUCCGGCACCAGUCAGACCGAUAUGCCGAAAGUAAGCAGAACCGGUGGAAACCCAGAGCCAUUGACAGCAGGGCGCAUAGGAGAUUCAAGGGCCAGAUCUUGAUGCCCAACAUCGGUUACUGGAGUAACAAGAAAACAAAACACAGGCUGCCCAGCGGCUUCCGCAUGUUCCUGGUCCACAAGGUCAAGAAGCCUGAAGUGCUGCCGAUGUGCGACACAUCUUACUGUGCUGAGAUUGCUUGCAAUGUCUCCUCCGAGAACUGCAGGGCCAUGGUGGAAAGAGCAGCCCAGCAGGCCGUCGGAGUCACUGGUCCCAACGCCAGGCUGCGCGGCAAGAAAAUGAAUAGGCAGCCCGUGUGCACAUUUUGUUUGUGUUAA